UUUAUAAACUUUCAUUCAUUAAUCAUGAACCUUUUCGUAGUUGAGACGAUCCUCAUCUUGUUGGGCUUGGGGCCCUUCGUGGACAGUACCGGCGGGGUAGCGGGGCUCCCGGGGCUCCCGGAGGACAACCCGCGAUGUGUCGCCCUGGUGGAGGCCGCUAAGGCCGAAUACCGAAAAUUGUACGCGGCGGGACUGAAAGACUCUCCCAAUUUGAUGGAUCUGAUACUGACAAAUUUGGGGAUUGCUUUUAACGACACCUUGAAGACCAUAGAAAGGAAAGUCUUCAAUAAUACCGAUGAAACAGGGCAUGAAACCGGAAAAAAGACAGUCGUUGAGAAGACGACAGAGACUGACAUAGCACCCAACGGAACUGUAUCAAAGACUUCCGAAACCACGGUCGAUAUAGAUGAGUACGGUAAACAAAGUGGUGAGAAAUCUGUGACAGAAAGAGAAACCGUGAUAGGACAGACUUCAGACAAUGAGACCAUAGCACAAACGGUGGACGUUGAAAAGGUAAUGGACGAAGCGGGUAAUGAAAUAAAGGAGGAAGUUGUUAUUAAGAAGGAAUUAAUAGUACAACCUCCUACCAAUACGACUGAUGCAAAUCUUAUCGUUCCAAAAGUAGGGGCGGACGACAAAGGUAAAAACAAAACAGAAUUAAAACUUGGUGCCUCAGAAAAGAGCGAUGGACUUGAGAAAGUAGAACGAUCAGAGGAAAUAAAGGAGAUUCUGCCCGGCAAUAUAACGAAUGAAGUGUUAGUUAAAGAGAAGAAAGAACAGCUUUCUCCACAGGAAAGCACCAAGGUGACAUCUGUGGAAAGGAAGAAUGUUACAAAGAAGGAUGAUGGACUUGAGAAAGUAGAACGAUCAGAGGAAAUAAAGGAGAUUCUGCCCGGCAAUAUAACGAAUGAAGUGUUAGUUAAAGAGAAAGAAGAACAGCUUUCUCCACAGGAAAGCACCAAGGUGACAUCUGUGGAAAGGAAGAAUGUUACAGAGAAGGAUGAUGGACUUCAGACAGUAGAACGAUCAGAGGAAAUAAAGGAGAUUCUGCCCGGCAAUAUAACGAAUGAAGUGUUAGUUAAAGAGAAAGAAGAACAACUUUCUCCACAGGAAAGCACUAUUGUGACAUCUGUGGAAAGGAAGAAUGUUACAGAGAAAGAUGAUGGAAAAGAUGUCGAGAAAGAAACUGUAAUUCAAAAAGAAGUCGAAAAGAAUGUGUGUGAUAGCGACAUCAAAGAGGUUCGUAACGAAAAACAUCUUAAUGAAACAAUUGAAGACUUGAAACACCAAGUUGAUGACGUGAAAAACAAGAUUAAGGAAGAAAAAGCAAAGGCUGAAGAAACAAAUGCUACGCGUAGCCUAAGCGUCGUAAAAGAACCAAGUGCUGCCCCUAUCAUUCAAGAAGGUGAAGUCGUUGAAAAGACAGUCCCUGCUGUGACACCGGCGAAGGUUGCUGAAAAGAUUCCCCCCACGGUGACGGAAGGAAAAGUUCUCGUUGUGACAAAAGAGAAGGCUGUUGAGCAGGCUGCCCCUCCGGUAACAGAGAUGAUCGUAAGUGUCCCUAAGGAGCAAGAAGAAGUCCCUGUUGUGGCAGAAGAGAAGGUUAUUGAAAAGAUUAUUCCCUCGGUGACAGAAGGAAAGGUCCCGGCAGUCCCUCAACAGGAGGUUGUUGAAAAAGUUGCCCCAUCGCCGACAGAAGAAAAAGUUCCUGUUGUGACACAAGAAAGGAUUAUUGAGCAGAAUGCCCCACAAGAAAGGGUUAUUGAAAAGGUUGCCCCAUCGCCGACAGAAGAAAAAGUUCCUGUUGUGACACAAGAAAGGGUUAUUGAACAGGCUGUCCCACAAGAAAGGGUUAUUGAAAAGGUUGCCCCAUCGCCAACAGAAGAAAAAGUUCCUGUUGUGACACAAGAAAGGGUUAUUGAACAGGCUGUCCCACAAGAAAGGGUUACUGAACAGGUUGCCCCAUCGCCAACAGAAGAAAAAGUUCCUGUUGUGACACAAGAAAGGGUUAUUGAACAGGCUGUCCCACAAGAAAGGGUUAUUGAACAGGCUGUCCCACAAGAAAGGGUUAUUGAACAGGCUGUCCCACAAGAAAGGGUUACUGAACAGGCUGUCCCACAAGAAAGGGCUAUUGAACAGGCUGUCCCACAAGAAAGGGCUACUGAACAGGCUGCCCCAUCGCCGACAGAAGAAAAAGUUCCUGUUGUGACACAAGAAAGGGUUAUUGAACAGGCUGUCCCACAAGAAAGGGCUAUUGAACAGGCUGUCCCACAAGAAAGGGCUACUGAACAGGCUGUCCCACAAGAAAGGGCUAUUGAACAGGCUGCCCCUACGGCGACAGAAGAGAUUGUCACUGUUUCUAAAGAGAAAGAAGAAGUCCCUGUUGUAACAGAGGAAAAGGUUCCCGUUGUGACAAAUCAGACAGUUGUUGAAAAGAUUUCCCCCACGGUGACGGAAGGAAACGUCCCAGUUGUGACAAAAGAGAAGGUUGUUGAGCAGGCUGCCCCUUCGGUGACAGAGGAGAUUGUAAGUGUCUCUAAGGAGCAUGAAGUCCCUGUUGUGGCAGAAGAGAAGAAGGUUAUUGAAAAGAUUCACCCUGCGAUGACGGAAGGAAAAGUCCUGGCAGUCCCUCAACAGGAGGUUGUUGAAAAAGUUGCCCCAUCGCCGACAGAAGAAAAAGUUCAUGUUGUGACACAAGAAAGGGCUAUUGAGCAGAAUGCCCCACAAGAAAGGGUUAUUGAACAGGCUGUCCCACAAGAAAGGGCUACUGAACAGGCUGCGCCAUCGCCGACAGAAGAAAAAGUUCCUGUUGUGACACAAGAAAGGGCUAUUGAGCAGAAUGCCCCACAAGAAAGGGUUAUUGAACAGGCUGCUCCACAAGAAAGGGUUAUUGAAAAGGUUGCCCCACAAGAAAGGGUUAUUGAACAGGCUGUCCCACAAGAAAGGGCUACUGAACAGGCUGCCCCAUCGCCGACAGAAGAAAAAGUUCCUGUUGUGACACAAGAAAGGGCUAUUGAGCAGAAUGCCCCACAAGAAAGGGUUAUUGAACAGGCUGCCCCACUAGAAAGGGUUAUUGAACAGGCUGUCCCACAAGAAAGGGCUACUGAACAGGCUGCCCCUACGGCGACAGAAGAGAUUGUCACUGUUUCUAAAGAGAAAGAAGAAAUCCCUGUUGUAACAGAGGAAAAGGUUCCCGUUGUGACAAAUCAGACAGUUGUUGAAAAAAUUACUCCUUCCAUAACAGAAGAAAAAGUUGUCACUCAACGGAAGGUUGUUGAGAAGGCUGCCCCCUCUGUCAAGGAAAGCGUAGUUUCCAUUCCAAAGAGGGAGGAAGGAGUAGUUGAAAGAAUUGCUCCUGUUGUAAAGGAAGCAAUUACAACAGAGUAGUGAUACCGUGUUGCUGUUUCUCUUAUCUAUUUCAU